CUUUCCAGCACUAGCAUGGCCAUAGAGCUACAUAAUUGUUUAAUAAACAAUUAAUCACUUAAUAUAAACAAAAACCAGUGCAAAUAGUGAGUGCAGUGUAAAGCGGCAGUCGCCGUUGCCAAUCAGUGGAAAGAGAGUUACCUCACAGCAGCAAAAAAACACACAAUAACAACAACAACAGCACAGCAGAGCUGAGCCACCAACAAAAACAAUCAUAAUAACAGCAACAACAACAACAUCAGAAGCACCACCAACAACACGUAAAACCAACCACAACGCAAAGGAGAUUGAGAUUCGCAACGCAAUCAAAAAAAAAAAAAGACAACAGAAAACAACGGCUAAGAAAAUAUACAAGGCGAAACGCAUAAGUAAAUAAUAGAAAAACGAGUAAUAAUAACAGUAAUAAAGCGAGGAGCAAGUGGAAAAGUACGAAGGCGAAAAAGAGAAAACAUAUGUACGUUGCGUGAGAGUGACGUGUGUGUGUUUGUGUGUUGCCCCCAGUGUGUGUGUGUGCUUGCGUGCGUGAGCGAGAGGGGGCGAGGAGCAUAAGCGGAGACCUUGAAAACUUUAAAAGCAGCAAAAACAAAAAAACACACAUCAAAAAUAUUUUUAAUAAAAUAUUAAGCGACGAAGAGGAGUGAUAAAAGCAAACGGAGCACAAGCGCGGGGGGAGUAACCUCUGUUAUGGAGAGUGACGACUUCCAUUUACCGCAAGGCGCCAAUUGAUUUCCACAAAGUGAACGAGAGCGAGUUGCUGGCGAGGAUUACGCCAAGCGCCAGCCAGCCCCGAGCAAUGGCAGCAACCGAGACGGCCCCCGUGGACGUGGUGGGGGGCUCCGGUACGGGCUCCUCCUCAGCGGAGGCGGCCAACGGCCGGGAAGCCCGCAAUUUGGCCGAGAAGCAGCGACGCGACAAGCUGAAUGCCAGCAUCCAGGAGCUGGCCACCAUGGUGCCGCAUGCGGCGGAAUCUUCACGGCGCCUGGACAAGACCGCCGUCCUUCGGUUCGCCACGCACGGCCUGCGCUUGCAGUAUGUCUUUGGCAAGUCCGCAUCCCGACGGCGACGGAAACUUGGCCUCAAGGGUUGCUCCUCCGCCUCUGCAUCCGCCACGGAGCUGCCCACUAUCCAGAAUCCCAGCCUGCAUCUCACGGACACGCUGCUGCAGCUGCUGGACAGCUGCUUCAUCACACUCACCUGCAGCGGUCAGAUCGUGCUGGUCUCCUCGAGCGUCGAGCAGCUGCUGGGACACUGUCAGUCCGAUUUGUAUGGCCAGAAUCUGCUGCAGAUCACCCAUCCCGACGACCAGGGCCUGUUGCGGAAGCAGCUGAUACCUAGAGAUAUCGAGACGUUGUUCUACCAGCAGCAGCAACAACAACAACACCAGCAGCAUCACCAGCAACAGCACACCACCCAGCAGCACUCCACUUCCACUUCGGCCUCUGCCUCGGGUAGUGAUCUAGAGGAGGAGGACAUGGAGCGGGAAGAAGAACACCAGCAGCAGCGGCAGCAGCAGGAGGAUGAUGAUGAUGAGGAUAGGUUAGGUGAGGAUCCCUACAAUCGUCGCACGCCCAGUCCGCGCAGCAUAGCCCAUCUGGCGGCCAUCGAUGAACGCUUGCGUUCCGACCGCCGCUGCUUCACCGUGCGCCUGGCCCGUGCAUCUACCCGAGCGGAGGCUACACGCCACUACGAGCUGGUGAAGAUCGAUGGUUGCUUUCGACGCAGCGACUCCUCGCUAACCGGCGGCGCAGCUGCCAACUAUCCCAUUGUUUCCCAGUUAAUCAGAAGGUCAAGGAACAAUAAUAUGCUGGCUGCCGCUGCUGCUGCGGCGGCGGCGGCUGAAGCGGCGACAGUUCCGCCGCCGCAGCAUGAUGCCAUCGCGCAGGCGGCAUUGCAUGGAAUUAGCGGCAAUGAUAUCGUUCUGGUGGCCAUGGCUCGGGUUCUACGCGAGGAACGUGGAGGAUCCGUGGAGGAGGCGGCAGAGGUGAAUGGGAUGACAUUCUACCGGCAGCCAGAGCCCUAUCAAUUGGAGUACAAGACAAGGCAUCUAAUCGAUGGCAGCAUCAUUGACUGUGAUCAGCGAAUUGGCCUGGUGGCCGGCUACAUGAAGGAUGAGGUGCGCAAUCUGAGUCCCUUCUGCUUUAUGCACUUGGACGACGUUCGCUGGGUUAUCGUGGCCCUGCGCCAAAUGUAUGACUGCAAUAGCGACUAUGGCGAGAGCUGCUACCGGCUGUUGUCCCGAAAUGGUCGCUUCAUCUACCUGCACACCAAGGGUUUCCUCGAAAUUGAUCCGGGCAGCACUAAAGUGCACUCCUUUUUCUGCGUCAACACGCUGCUGGACGAUGAGGCUGGCCGACGAAAGGUUCUCGAGAUGAAGGAGAAAUUCUCGACAAUUAUCAAAGCAGAGAUGCCCACACAGAGCAGCAGUCCCGAUUUGCCCGCCUCCCAGGCGCCGCAGCAGCUGGAAAGGAUUGUCCUCUACUUGAUUGAGAACCUGCAAAAGAGCGUCGAAUCAUCAUCGGGUGAGGCAGCGGGCGUUCAGUCUUUGGAUACGCUAAUGGAUGAUGGCUAUAGUUCACCGGCCAAUACAUUGAUCCUUGAGGAGCUGGCACCCUCGCCGACGCCCGCCUUGGCCCUGGUGCCGCCGGCCCCGUCGUCGGUAAAGAACUCCAUUUCCAAGUCGGUGAGUGUGGUAAAUGUGACAGCCGCCAGAAAGUUUCAACAAGAGCAGCAGAAUCAGCGUGAUCGGGAAAGGGAACGAGAGCAGCAGCAACAGCGUGGCGCCUCGCAAAGCGUAAUCCGGCAAUUGAGCAGUUGCCUCAGCGAGGCAGAAACGGCUUCCUGCAUAUUGUCACCGGCCAGCAGCCUAAGUGCCGGCGAGGCGCCGGAUACCCCUGAUCCGAAUAGCAAUACGCCACCACCAGCGUCGCAGCCAGUGAUCCAUACGCGUCCCAGUGUCCUGCAUCGAUCCUUGACCAGCACGCUGCGAUGACGUGCCGAUGGAACUUGGUAUGCCUUCUAAAAUGGGUGUGGAACUAUGGCAACGCAAAUCAACAGCACAAGAGUGAUCGGUGUGGUAUAAUGAAGAUAGCUCGGAAAUUUAAACAAAGUGAAAAUGUAUCACUUGAAGAGCAGAAGCUAUGUUUAACUUUAGCUUAAAGUCCAGGCUUAUAGCAUCGUUACUAGAAAAUAUCCUAGAUUUUAGUGAUUUAUUUUCACCAAGAACUUCUUUCUGUUUUAACCAAUAAUUGAUUUUAAUCUAGAACACCUUUCAUUAGCAACUAUGUUUGUAUUUUACCAACAACUACUUAAACUACUUUGCAAUUGAUUUUGUAGUAUCGAAUCGGAAAUCAAUCAACAACUAAAUCUUUACUGAUUUUACCAAUAACUAAAUUUAACUACAACUUAUUUUUGUUUGUGCCAAAGUGACAAAGUAGCAUUUAUUUGUAGAUGAUUAUGACAGUAAUAAUUAUGCGAUCACGAUCAUUUCAA